ACAUGGCGGCCGUGGGCUUUAGCCGAAAAGCAAGUGGGAAAAGGAUCAUUGAAAAUGACAAGAUAAAAGAUGAAGAUGUGAAAAUGUCACCUGACAAUGCUAAAACCAGAAACAAGAAUGAUGAAAAGAGAAAGCAAUUGCCUGAAAGAGGAUCGUGGUGGAUAACUAUGUUAAAGGAAACCCCUCCUCCAGGCAUAUAUGAAAUUCGUGAUUUUCUCCAAGACGCACAACUAAAUCCUGUGCAGAAAUCAUAUAAUUUUAAAGGAGAGGGUAGAAAAAAGAAGAUGAACACAGGCCCAGCUGGAGAGAUGUUGCUACCUGGCUGUUACAAUUUUCCUGAUUUGGUUUAUUUGACAGCAAAACUCCCACAGACUUAUUCCUUCAAGAAUACCUCAAGACGAGGUACACUAAUUGCUGUGAAAGAUAAGGAUAUCAACACCACACCGUGCCAAUAUCAUGUUGACAGUCCACCUGUUGAAAUUCUUCCAUGCAAGCAUUCUAUGUUUCGUUCUGCUGUUAGGAGGUUUCCAACAAUCUACUUUAGUCCUAAAGAAGGUCCAGGACCUGGUGAAUAUCACAUGAAGACGCAGUCUGCUCACGGCAUUUCAUCAUGUUUUAAGUCUAACGUACCCAGAUUGCAGUUAUCCAGCUCGAAAACUCCUGGGCCUGGAACUUACGAUCCAAUGCAACAGCAUCCGAUACAACCACCCACAGUGGCCAGAAUGGGUCGCAUGCACGGCCUUUUCUUCCGUAAUUCACAUGACUUUUUAAAAUUGUGAAUAACUGAGAAUUAUUAACACUUUACCAUCUAUUACAGAUCUGGUAUUUGGUUGUUGUUGUUGUUAAUUGUUUUCAAAAAAACACUCUAGAAUUUAGAACACUCCAGUCAGGAGUCAGUGUGCAGCCUUUUCAUUGAAAAGUAAAUAUAUUUUCCUUGCACGUCAUCUGCAACUCUU